AUACCCCCACCGGCCUCCACUGCCCGCUCGCCAGGCCUCCACAACCUCACACUAAGACAACCACAGCAAAAAGACACAAGGAAGGGGAAGAACAGAGCGUGCCUUGUACGUGGUACAGUGAAGCACAAGCCAUCCAGCAUCAAGUAUGACAGAACAGCAGGGAAAUCCAGAUCAGCUGCCUGCAGAUAAAGGCCAGGGAGGCGCCGGAGCCAUAUACAAGUUGGUGGUUUUUGAGUUUGAAAACUUUCGUGGAAAGCAGCUGGAGUUGUCUGGUGAGUGCAAAGACAUGCGGGAGAAGACAGAGAGAGUUGGCUCAGUCAUUGUGGAGUUGGGACCUUGGGUGGGAUUUGAGCGUCCAGGUUUUGCAGGAGAGCAGUUUGUGCUGGAGAAAGGAGAGUAUCCCCGCUGGAGCACUUGGACCAAUGACCAGAACAUCUACAGUCUGAGCUCCUUCAGGCCACUAAAAGUGGACAGUGCAGAGCAUAAGAUCCAUCUGUUUGAGGACACAGGCUACGAAGGCAGGAAGAUGGAGAUUGUUGAUGAUGAUGUCCCCAGUCUGUGGGUUCAUGGUUUUCAAGACCAUGUGGCUAGUGUGAAAGCUGUCAAUGGAACGUAAGGGUUCACCCCCUCAGUCAUAAUUGGCCUAUAGAUCACUGACCCAGGGUCAGCCUCAGGCCUCUGCUGUGUCUC